GUCAGUAAAAUAAAGUAAUGAAAUGGCAUGGAGUUUGAAUCUGUGAACCAGUAUCGUGUUGUGCUCUGGACGGCUCCCAGAUGCUUAUCAAGUGUUUUUGAGCGUUCAGUGAGAGAGUUGAAAGAUGUCAAAGUUAUUUACGAGCCUCACCAACAAGCAUACUUCUAUGGACCAGAGAGAAACACUGAUGGCAAUCUCAGAGCUACAGAUGACAUUAAUCCUUCUGCAACAUAUAAAGCUGCUGAUGAAGAGUUGCUAAAGUCACACAUGGACUGUCGAUUUGUUUUUAUUAAGAAUCACGCCUAUUUUGUGGAGAGGGAUUAUGAACGAUAUGCAACAGAACCCAGUCUCAAGCAUACCUUUUUGAUUAGACACCCAGCAAAAUCAAUAGUAUCUUUGGUUAAGAUUCGUAAAAAGCUCUCUUUUGAUAUUUCACCAAGCGUCAAUGGAAUGCAACAGUUGCACGAUUUAUUCCAAAUUGUUAGUAAGCAUACCGGCAUAGUACCAGUGGUGAUUGAUGCUGACGAUCUAGUGAGGAAUCCAAAGAAU